UAAAAUUCAACACUAGUUUCGGAUAGAACAGAUAAAACUAGUUAUGUCUGACACAAAAGUUUGCUAAAGUUUAGGGUUUUAAAUAUCAAAAAUAUGCAACUUUUGAGACAUAGUCGCAGGAUUUGGUGCAUUCCUAUUCAGAGUCCAUAUCAAUAUCAUAAACAUACACACAUUUUAGCAACACUUGCUCACUAUUUGAAGAAAUUUUCCGUUUAUAUAUUUUGAUAUCAACACCUAAAUUCCACUAUUGACAGAAAAAAUAUGUUCUAUUAAACAACUUUAUACUUGUACAUGCUAUUUUCAACUAUUGAAUUUUUUUUUGACAAAAUAUUCACGAAAUGGAAUCAUAGUGUUACAUAUUUGCAAAUAAGAGAUCAUGAUUCAAUUCUUGCUUCUAGAGUUGAAUAAAUCUUGACGUUAAAUAGCAAUCUCUCGAUAAUAGUUUAUGAAAAUAGAAUCAAGAUAAUAUAGUUGUGAAAAAUGCAUCUUUCCUUUAAUAUUAUUUAAAUUCAACUUCGUUUUAAUGGAAUAAAUUUGUUUUACAAUCGCUUUUUAGUUAUAGAAAAGGUCAAGUAUUGGAGACCUGGACUGGCUCCUACUCGAGCCUGUCUUUCUGUUACUUUCCUCUCAACUAGAUUGAUAAUAUAUACGUUGAACAUCUCUAUAACACUUGUGUAUUGAACAAGGAUGAUUCACAACUUGAACUUUUCUGUAACGAAGAAGCGUUUGCAAAACAAGUUUACACAAUUCAAUCAAAGGUUCAGUUUAAAUAUCAACAUCAUUUUUUUCCUCUAAUCGCAAUAAAUUGGUGUGAUUCACAAAGAAUUUUGACAAAAUGAAUUUGUCUGUUCUUUAGAUAUGCUAAGACGACGAUUAGGAAGAGGAUGAGCGCGACCACUCCUGAGGAUUGAAUAACCAAAGUAUCUUGACAAUGUUUGACUUAAUUGAGAGAAAAGCUAUAGUAAGAGUCACACAGUAUACAUUUCUCUAAUAGCAGGCGGACAUCAAAAAUUUGUUUACUGUUUGUCCCUAUCUUUUCGAGCUAAUUUUUGACUAAAUAUUUUCCCAAGUUCCCUGACAUUUGAAAUAAAAACUUUUAUGCUAUUAAAUAGCUCAUAUCAUGAAGUAUAUUUUCCACCAUUUGAAUUUUGAAAAAGAGCAUUUUCAAUUUUUUUUUGAUAAAUAUUCACCUGGAUAUUUAGUCAGUCCACGCUUGUGACACAACUAAAUCUCAUUUUUCUUUUCUCUUUGUAAGCGUAUACUUUUAUAUCGAAUGACAAUAUUAAUUUGAAAUAUUUUUAUCACUUUAAUAUAUAAAUUAACAUUGUUUUUGAAAUAUCUCUCUAUUUUGGACAAUAUUUUCCUUUUCACAAGAUCAAAGAUGCAUGUUUAAAUCUUUCAACAUAAAUAAGUCUAUUCUUAGCGGCAAGUGAUUGAGUAAAAUAAGCAUGCGAAAAGUUUACUUUUGAAGAUUUUGAACUGCUUUGCAUUAAUCUCUAUAAUAAUAGCUAACUAACAAUGUAGUAAUAUGUGUGAUAUAAUAAUUUUUCAUAUGUUCAUACUACUUCUGAUAGAAGUAUUAUUAAUUGAAAUUUUAUCAAUUAUUUUCAUUUUGUUCAUUAAGAUAAAUCACUCAGACAAUGUUCUGCAAGAUAAUAAUAAACAAGCCACAAUUAAACAGAUUGUCCAUGAUCCAGCUGUAUCACCCGGUAUAGCUCUCUCAGCUCCGGCAAAUUUAAAUAAACAAAAUUUUGAAACAUUAAUGACAUUUGAUAAAUCAAAACAUACGAAAAGUACAUUUUUUAAUUAUUAUCCAAAUAAAAUAAGUUCACCAUUACCAGAAACUGAAAAUGAAACACUGACACCUAUUAAACAUUUUACAUCUGAUAACAAAUCAUUCGAUAUAUCACAAUCUGAAAAAUGUGAUACUAUUAUUCCUAAUCAUGAUCUUACAUUAUCAACUGUAUUUCCUUUCUUACAUGAUGAAAAAUCGAUAAACUAUUCAUCAUUUGAAUACAUAACAGAUAAACAUCCAAAUUUACCUGAAUUUAUUCAUUUUCAAUCAGAUCAUCUUGUUUUAAUACCAACAACAACAUCUCUAUCGUUUUAUGAUCGUUUACGUGGUUCAUCAGCAUUUUCCUAUUCACGUUUUAAUCGUCAAACAUCAACGUUAUUAGCCAUGCCAUUAGUUACAACGACAGAAGCAACAACAGCUGAUCAAUAUUAUCAUAAUCGUCAACAAAGAAUGAUUGAAGACGAAGAUGAUGAUUAUGAUGAAUAUUUAAUACGUUCGACAAUGAUUAAAAAAAAAUUUGAACCCGUCACAUGUUUUCAAGAAGACAUGGGAAAAGGAUAUUCUGUUAUUCGAAUAUGUUCAUGUACAAAACAUCAAAAAUAUAAAAAUCAAGAACAAAAUGGUAUUAAUGUAAUAAUGUCUGAUUACAAUAGACGUGAGAGUGGCGGUGGAAAUUUAAAUAAUAUUAAUUAUCAUGGUUUUCGUACUGUUAAUGCAACAACAAUAACUCGUGCAGAAUUUGAGUCAGAUGAUCAUCUCAUGAAUAAAAAUGUGAAAAUUGACCAUAAUGAUGAAACAACAAUAAUACCAACGACGUCUCAAAAACAGAUAGAAUCAUCUGUAGUUGUCAUUAAUACAACGACACCCACAACACCACCACCAUCAAACAAAUGGAAUCAAAUAACAAAAGAACGUCAAUCACCACGUAUGAACGCUACCUCACCAGCAUUAUCUACUAGUUCACAAUCAUCUGGAAGAGUAAUCACAUUUCUUAAUCAUGAAGUUAUCCAAUAUCCAUCAAGUUUUGAACGAGAAAUACGUAUAAAACAUAAUUUUGAACAAUUAAGAUUGAUUGUGAAUGCUUAUAUUGAUGAAGGUGUUAAUGGUUGCAUUAUAAAGUCUGUUAUGCCAUCAGAGUACGGUUUAACAGUAGGUGAUUACAUUUUAUCAAUUAAUAAUGAGAAUAUGAAAAAAAUAAGUAAUGCACAAGCAAAAUCAAUUAUUCGACGAGCAUCGUUAAUGGGGUCAGAUAUAAGUGUUAUUUAUAUUCCAAAUGAUGAAGCAAAUGUAUUCAGAGAGUAUACACUUGAACGAGAACAUGAACUUGCUCAACAACAUUCUACGUCACCACUUGGAAUUUAUGAUUUAGAUAUUGAACAAACAAAGCAUGUAUUACCAUCGGAUAAUGAAUCAUCUGGUUUUGAAUCAUCAUCAUUGAAUAGACAUUCGUCAGUUAUAACAGCACACCAACAGCGUCAUUGUAUUGUUGAUAGUGAAACCUUGAGUGCAACAUUAUGGGGUUGUGCACGGGAGGUCUUAUUAUAUCGUCAUACAAAUAGUAAAAGUCUUGGAAUAUCGAUUGUCGGAGGAAAACUUGAUGUUUCAGGUCCAAAUUCAAAUUCAAUUGAAUCAUGUAUUAGCGGUAUUUUUAUUAAACAUGUUUUACCAGAUAGUCCAGCGGGUGCAAAUGGUACAUUAAAAACGGCCGAUCGUAUACUUGAAGUGAAUGGUUAUGAUUUACGUGAAGCAUCACAUGAUAAAGCCGUUGAAAUAAUACGUGCAGCAAAAUCACCUGUAUGUUUUAUUGUACAAAGUUUAUUAGAUCCAUCAAAUCCAUCCUCAGACAAUUAUAUUACAACACCUAAUACAGAGACAUUAUCAUCGUUAUCUCCGAACAUUCCAUUAAUAUCAUCAACAUUUGAUCAACGUAACGCCAUAUCAUUAGAAAAUAAAAAUCGAUCUAAAACAAUUAUUCAUCAUAUCGGUGCUAUUAUAAAUAAUGCUCAAUCUGACAAUAAUAAUAAUAAUUCAAAUUCAGAUAUUUAUGAUAAAGAACAAAUCGAACGUGGUCUGUUAAAACAAUAUGGACAUUUAGACGGUGAUAUAUAUUUAAUAGAUAUUAACAGACAAACACAAUCUGAACCAUUAGGUUUAUCAUUAAUUGGACAUAAAGAUCCACAAAAAUUAGCCGUUUUUGUUUGUGAUAUAGAAUCAAAUUCAUUAUUAGAUAAAGAUAAUAGAAUAAAAAUUGGAGAUCAAUUAUUAGAAGUAAACGGUGAAAUAUUAUAUGGUAAAGCGCAUUCAAUAGUUACACCCAUUAUCAAAUCAAUCAAAGCCGAUAUACUCAAUUUCGUGAUACUAAGAAAUUCGAAUGCAUUGAAUGAUAUGGCUAUAGCUCAAUUAUCUUCCAAUCAUACUUCGUCAUCUGCCAUAGAUUCUCCUAUUCAAAUUCCUGUAUUAACAUCAUCAUCACCAUCCAAUUUUAUAUCAGAUAAUAAAACAAAUAAUAAUCUUUCUUUGAUACAUGAUGAAUCAUUUUCAUCUUCACUACCAUUACCAUUACAAUCAAAAAUAAAAACAGAUAAUAUUUCGAUCGAUGAUUUUAAUAAUAAUAAUGGAAAAAAUACGACAAAACUCCUGAUGAAUAAUCAUGAACAUCAACAGGAACAGAAUGAACAACAACAACACAAAAAAAAUAAUAAUAAUAAUAAUAAUAUUUUUAUAGAUGCUGACGAUGAAAGAAAGAAAAAAAUGACAUUUUAUGACGAUAAAAAAAAUGAUGUGACAAGUUCUAUCGUGUCGACAAAUGAUGAAAAAUAUUUUUCAGAAAAUUAUGUUGAUUCUUUUCCUUCUAAUAUAAUAAUAAAGAACGUUCAGAAUGAUGAUGAAAAAAAUAAUAUUUUAACAUUAGAUCAAAAAUCGAUAAUAAAAACAACGUAUGACAAUAAUAUCAAUUAUAAUAGCGAAUAUAUGUAUUUGGAAAAAAAUAUGCCAUCAUCUAUUGAUAAUAAUUAUCAAGAGGAAAUACAAAAACAAGAAGAUGAACAACAGCAACAAGUUCAAAAUCUUCGAUUAGUGAAUGAUAAAAAAGAUGUUUCACUUCCACACGACCAACUUGUCGGUAUACAAUCAAAUUCAAGUUUAUUAGAUACUAAUAAUUAUAAUCUUCUUCCAACCUACAUAGCAACGGAAAUGGCUUCUUCUUUUACAACAUCUAAAAAUAAUAAUACAAUAUUGUCUGAGAUAACAAACGAUAAGUAUCAUGUACAACUAAAACAACUUUCGUCAUCUUCGUCAAGCUCAUCAUCACAAUCAUCGCCAUCAACACCAUCAUCUAUUGAAAGUCAAUCAUCAACAAAACAAAAAAUAACACAAAACAUCGAAUUUGAUACAAAAAAUGUCAUAAAUAAUCAAACAACUAAAGAUCAUCAACGACAAGAAAUUCAGUCAUCUAAAUAUGACAUGUCAUCAACUACUAAUAGUACAAUACAAAAACAAGGAAAUGGAUUACCUCGUGAUGCGUUAACAGUCGUAUUAAAUAAGGAUUCAAAUGGUUUUGGAUUAACUUUAAUAUCCCAAAAUGAUAAUAGUAUUUGGGUUAAAAGCGUCAUUCCACAUGGCCCAGCAGAUCGAGUAAGCACUAUUAAUGAUAUACGAGCUGGUGAUGAAAUAACAAUGAUAAAUGAUAAACCAAUAACUGAAAUGAAAAUUGAUGAUGUUGAAAAUUUGUUAAAUGAUUCAACCAUCAAUCGUCUUCAAUUAACAUAUGUACCAUAUCGUGAAUCUGAACCGGUGCCGAUUGCUAUUCAUUUAGAUUCAACUACAAACAAUAAUAAUAUUAUCGAAGCUGUAAAAAUAAAUAUGGCUGAUGAUCCACGUACAAGACCAAUUGUUGUUGGUGAAGAAACAUUAAUUGAGAUUGAUCGUGGUCGAACAGGAUUAGGUUUAUCUGUUGUUGGUGGCUCUGAUACACAAUUGGGAGCGAUUGUUAUUCAUGAUAUUUAUGAUGGAUGUGCAGCUCAUCGAGAUGGAAGAUUAUUUGUUGGCGAUCAAAUAUUAGCAGUAAAUAAUAGUGAUAUGAGAUCAGCUACACAUGAAGAAGCUAUUCAAGUACUAAGACAAGCGACGGAUAUUGUUAGAAUACUCGUAUUACGUGGUACACUCAUUACUGAAAUGAUGAAUGAACAAGAAAAAUUUGAUAUAAUUAUAAUUGAUUUAACAAAAAAAAGUGGAAAAGGACUUGGAUUUAGUAUUAUAGGAAGAAGACUGGGUUUUGGAGUAUUUAUAUCACAUAUACUUGAAGGUGGAUCAGCUGAAAAAGAUGGCCGACUUAUGUCGGGUGAUUUAAUUCUUGAAGUAAAUGGACAAGAUCUAAGAAAAGCACCAUAUGAACAUGUAGCUUAUACAUUAAAGACUCUUCCACAUGGUAAAGUAACAAUUAAAAUUGGUCGUUUAAAACCGAGUUCACAUGGUCAAUCACGACAAAAUUCUGUGUCAACUGAACGAAAAUCUCGAUCACGCUCUACCUCCUCGUCUCAAACAGCAAGACGAAAUUCAACGAAUCAUCAUUCCACGACGUCAAAACCAACCGGAACAUCCUCCUCAUCUAGUCGUGCAUUUCCAUUAUUUUUAUCCCAUAAUAGUUAA